CUAUUCUUAGCUAUUUUACCAAAAACACAACGAGUUGCUGUUUUUAUAGACUUAAAACAGAUACGGCAGUUUAGCGUAUAUACGAAUUGAAUUAAACAAUUAUAUAAAAUAUUCUAACAUUUACUUAUUUUUAGAAUCUGAAUAGCCGUUUCGCGUUUCUGAUCAAACAGAACAGAAUGAUUCUUAACCAAUCCCACCCCCCUAAUCAAGUAGGUGACCGCGGUUCGUAUCUCACCCAGCAUAAAACCGGAUUCGACAUCGCGUCACUGGUGUCAUCGGACCCAAAGACGUCACCAAAGCUAUCUGUGACGUCAUCCCACAGCGAGAUUUUGGAAAAACUUUAUAAAAGCGGGAAUUUCAACUCUGGUAGGUUCCACCCGUACAGUACAUCACCCCAGAAGUCGAUGUCAAGAGCGAACCUGACUUCAUCAAGCCCCGACAGCGGUUCCGACGAUUACCACAGGCAUAAAAAGUAUCGGCGACACCGGGAUUCGAACCCAAGGUCCCCGGAUUCCACCCAAGACCACACAACCACUAGGAACGAGCGAUUAACCCCCGAUGCCCCAACUUCGCCGCAUAAUGAACGCAAAUCCCCAAGGGACCCCUACCGUCCCUUCAGCGGGUCUAACCUUCCAUCUUACAUGCAUAACACCCCGUUAGCAGCUGCAAUGGCGGCAGGGGUGCUCCCAUUCCCUCUUACCCCAUUCGGGGGGCAACUACCUCCAACUACAGUCCCCCCAUCACCAACCGUUACCCCACCCUACCACACCUCCCCUACCCCGACCCGACAGACAACCCCGAAACCCCACCCCCCUAAUCCCCUACCCUCCCCGCCCACCGACCCCGUCACGCUUGAACGAAUUUCCCGCCAAGCUUUCAUCCAAGCUGCCACGUCAUCCCUCAACCCUCCGCCAUUUUCGAUCCCACCAGGAUUCCAACAAACUUGUCUUCAGAGAUACCCUGGUUCGCCCCCAAACCACCAAUUCGACCAAGUUGCUGGGUUAGCUCUACGUGGGGCGUUCGGAGCCCCCCACCCUCCUUUGCCCCCCACGGCCCCCUACAACCCGUGGUUAUUACGUCACGCAUCUGCUACGUCAUCAAGACCGUUCCCGCCACACUUUGCUGACCCUCUACUACGCGCGAGGUUCGGCUUAUUGAUGGCGAAUCCAUUUCAACGAAAACCGAAGCGGAUUCGAACCGCGUUUACACCGGGUCAACUGUUAAGACUUGAACACGAGUUUGAUAAAAACCAUUACGUGGUUGGAGCUGAACGUAAACAACUUGCAAAUAACCUCAAGUUGACGGAAACUCAGGUGAAAGUUUGGUUCCAGAAUCGUCGAACGAAGUUCAAGCGACAACGAAUCGAAGAGAAAGGUAGCGGGAAAGGGGAAGUCCCCCAGGAUUACGUCAUAUCCGAGGACGAAGAAUUCGACGACGAAGAGGAAGUGACGUAUCCACCUGUCAAUCAAGCGUCAAUCAAUCAAAAUGACAUUCAGGAACCCGGGUUUAAAGCGUCGAACGAUUGUGACGUAACGCAAGCGUCUAUGACGUAAUAAUAAGAUCAUUGUUUGUAUCGAGAUGCAUGUUGCUGUAGUAGUUCGUUCCAUACGUCAUCGUUACGUCAUAAACUGCGAAAUGCGUAGUUGUAUGACGUCACAAACAAUGACGUCAUUGUCGUAACUUUUGUUUCGAGAUUUGAAUAAAAAUAAGAUUUCUA